AAAAAAAAACAAUUUUUUUCUUUCUCUUUUAAAGCAUGUCGAAACAGAACAGUGGAUUCCAAACACGAAAACAACAGAUCGUUUCUUCACUUGUUGAAUAUGUAGAUCCUGAAAGAAGAGACAAAUCACCCAAGGGUUUUAUUGACGCACCUAUUCUCGAUCUCAUGCAUGUCAUCAAUCAACAUCCUGACUAUUAUACCACCAGUAGUUGUUCUGGUCGUGUUGCUGUUUAUUGUGAAGGCUUAGAAAAAGAUCCAGAAGAACAAGUCGAUCCCAAUGCGAUCACAGAAAAGACAACAAAGGGUGGCACUUGGUUAUAUGUGAGUCAUGAUCCUGUUCCUAUUCCUACCACAACCGAUGACUGGAUUACACAGCUCUUGUUUGGACAACCUGUCAAGUUCAAUACAGAGAAACCAAAAGAUAUCUUGAAGAGGCAAUUGAUCUAUUUCAAAUUUGAGCCUUUGAUUUUGCAUGUCGAAGCAUCCAGCCAAACAACAGCCAUGCAUCUGUUAAGUACAGCCUAUCAAGUAGGCUACCAAAACUCAGGCAUCACUCCUUCACGUCGCCAUAUGUUGGCUAUCCGAAGCACACACAAGAUUGAUACACCUAUUGCAUUUAUUCAUAACAAUGAAAUUCAUGCUCUUGUCGACUCAGACUAUCUCUUGUUAUUAUUGACCAUGGCAAAUCAAAAGUUCGAACAGAAUAUGGCUCGUAUGAAAGUGUUUGAAGAGACCAUGAAGACUGAAUUAACCAAACUCGAUACAAAGCCUGUAUGGGAACCUAAAGAAGAACGAAUCCAGCGUAUGCGUCAAGAAGGACUUGCUAAAAGAACAGAGAAAAAGAAGAAACCUUCUCCUGCUUUAGAAGACUUGUUGGAUCAGGUUGUCUUGUAAAAUAAUAAAAUAGUGCCUAAAAUAAGUCCAUCUGUAUUUGAAUCUGAUGACCCUGUUUUGGUGUGUCGUUAAAACUGAUAUUUCGUCAUUCCCUUUUUUUAACCUUUUCUUCUAUACGAUAAUAAUCUACAAG